AUGAUAGUCUGGGUUCUUUUUCCAGCUCUAAAGGUGCACUUCUAUCACAAGGAGGUUCUGAAUAUGUUAGGGAAUCUCAUUGGGAGAACAAUCAAGCUGGACUUCCACACUCUCAACCUUCAACGGGCAAAGUUUGCUCGCAUAGCGGUGGAAGUCGAUCUAUCCAAGCCCCUGGUUCCUCGUAUCUGGCUGGAUGACGCGUGGCAAAAGGUGGAAUAUGAGAAUCUUCCCGAGGUCUGUUUCGAAUGUGGCAAAAUUGGGCAUAUUUCGGCGUCUUGCCCUGUGCUCCGGCCGGCGGUGUUGCCGAUGGUCUCAACGGUCAGCGACGGGCAGAGUCAGGCGUUUAUUACGGAGGCAGCGGCGGAGGAACCAAGCCCAGGAUUCGGGCCGUGGAUGCUGGUGACGCGGAGAAAUAGGAGGAAUUUGAGGGAUCCCUCUCAGAAAGGGAAGGCGGAGACGGAAUCUAAGAUCCCCAACGGUGAGAGGCCUGCUAAAAAUGGUAGGGAUGGUACAAUUACCAAAGAAGGAGAGAUAGUUUCCCCUGUUGCAGCUCUGGCUAUUUCGAACAGCUCCCAACGGUCUGGACCUCAAGAAAGGAAAGGUGGAGCUGGGAGAAUGGGCCCGGAGAACCUAAAAAACACCAAAUCAGUGGACAUAAGCAAGGGCAAAGGGGUCUUGGGCCCUGGCCCGGAUAAGAAGGACAAGAAGGGGUCCAAACCUUCUGCUGAACUCGGCCAAUCUUCCACCUCGGCCCAAGUUCAAAAUAGCACCUCCCAAAUGACGAAAAACAAAGCCCAAGUCCACCCUCAACUUCAAUCCAGCUUAGCAACCCCCAUGACCGACGACUCCUCUGGGAAAGUGAACUCUCAAUUACCACCUCUCACCGUCACUUCGAUUACAGGAAAGAAUGGGACAAAUAUGCAGAUCGUCGACCUCGUCAACGUCCCGGGAGGAAGGAACGACAAGCAGGUUGCUGCCCCUCCUUCUACCAAAAGCAGAACAAAAGGAUCUAAAGCUCGGAAAGAGGACCGCCGGCAGUCCCCUAUCAAAGUGUCUCCGAUGAAAAGCCUCCAAGUCUGGACGCCGAAGAAGGAUCGGAAAUCCAAAUCCAGAGCGAAAAUUGCCACCUUGACCAUGCAGGAGAUCACCGCCUGGACGAACGCGGCAAAAAUGUCGUCGAGCGCGUCCGGAAAAGAGGGCUCGAUUUACUUCCCAGAAGAUCCGAAGUCGACCUCGUCGCCGCCCAUUCAGGGGGAACCCGACUCUUGA